CUGGAAAUCUGCUGGCUCCUGCGCUGCUUUCUUGUUCCAGUCAAGAUUUGAACUCCUCAGUCAGCAUUUAGGACGGAGCUGCAAGACAUACACCAUGAGAGGGCUUCUGGUCUUGCUCUCUUUGGCCUGCUUGGCCAACGCUCAGCACCAGGCGCUCAUCGACUACUUAGAAAGGAGGCUGCUUGCCAUUGAGGAUAGGAUUUCUCUGUGGCACGAGCAGAUCACUCGUUACGCUUCGGAGCUGCGGGAACUGAAGCAGCAAAUGGUUUCACAGCUGGAGAAUCUGGACAAAGAAAAGGAGACGCUGCGGACCAGUUUGGACAGCAUGGGGUCGAGGGUGGACCGGGUCGAGAGAGAACUGGACUACCUGGAAACGCAGAAUGGGGCUCAGCCAUGUGUGGACGUGGAUGACAAGCUGAUAGAGCACCAGGUGACUUUGGUCCAGGAGAAGCAGAAGGCCAAAUACUUUAAAAUGACCGACUGUAGCGACAUGAUCUCCAGCAUAAAGGCCAUGAAGAUCCUGAAGCGAGUCGGUGGUCCAAAGGGAAUGUGGACCAGAGACACCAGCGGGGCUUCCAAGAAAGUCUACAUCUUCAACGGGACAGCUGAGGACACUGUCAACGUGUUUGCCUCUGUGCAAGACCUAACGCUCUCCCAGGGCUUUUCUCUGUCCUCUGACCUGAAGCUCCCGAGUCCCUGGAGUGGAACAGGACACGUGGUCCACAACAACCAAGUGUAUUAUGUAAGCCAGGCGGAGGAGAUAACGGUGGUCAAAUUUGACGCGAGAAAUAACUCUGUGACAGACAGUGCAGUGUUUCCGCUGCAGGACCAUGUUCCCGUGUACGGCCUGACCUCCGAGACCCUGAUGGACCUGGCUGUGGAUGAAGAAGGCCUGUGGGCCAUCUAUGCCACGCGCCAGAACGAGAAGCACAUCUCUUUAGCUAAAAUGGACGCCAACUCUCUGGGCGUCGAGCAAAUGUGGGACACAAGCUGUCCAAGAGAGAACGCAGAGGCGGCUUUUGUUAUAUGCGGCACCCUCUACGUGGUGUACAACACCAUGCAGCCGGGGCGUUCACGGGUGCAGUGCGUGUUUGACGUCAAUGACAUGGUGACCGCAGAGGAGGCCCCUCUGAUUUACUUUCCAAAGCGGUACGGCUCCCACUCCAGUCUGAAGUACAACCCGCAGGAGCAGCUGCUCUACGCCUGGGAUGACGGCUACCAGAUCCUCUAUAAGCUGGCCAUGAAAAAGAAACUGGAAAUUUGAGGCAUCGAAUUGAACCGUGUCGGAGUCUUGACAGUUUUUCAAUCUGCUGACUAUUUCUGACAUCAGAAUUGUUGAUGUUUCCAGGUCUUUUCUGGAAUUUUUCUCAUUUACAAAAACCUCUGUGAAUUCUCUGUAUGUUUUUUCAUACUCUGUAGUGAAUGUUGGAUUUUUUUUUCCUGUGUCAUAAAGCAAGAGAAUAGAAUGACUGAAUAUUUACAAUUCCAUGUGUUGCCAGUUUCGGCUCCUCCAAGAUGUUUUUUUCACGCCAUAAAUGUCACUGAAGUUACAUUCAGCUUUCUUGGGGAGCAAGAACUGUCAUUUCUCUGACGCGUGCAACAAAAAAAAGGUUGUUCUUCCUUUUAUAUGUAAUUCAUAAGUGUUUCUUUUAUUCCUCAUUUGUCGAUGCAAACAGAUGUCUGUCGAGGGUUUCGACCGACGGGUCUUGACGUGAAUUCAGUUUUGAGCUGUUUAAAACUUUUGGUCAGUUGAGAAUUAUGCCAUUUAUCCGUAUUUGACGUAGUUUAUGCACAACUAUUGCAUGAAUCUUGCACAGUUGUGCAUAAUUUUUGCUAGAUGCAUACCCAAAUUAGUGGCCAUUUCACACUUGUACCACCGACGAAUAACUUUUAUGUUGCGUAUACAACACAGAUAUCACGUUCAAAUUACAUAAUUGACGCACGAAUCACUAAUGAAUUGCAUUUAACAGCGCAAUAAUCACGCACGGUUCUUGUUCGUCCUUGAUUUACGUGUUCUUUGCGUGAUUUAUUCGUUCUUCUUCCGUGUUUCAACGCUGUUCAUUUUUGAUAAAGACCUUCAGGUAAAGUCCACAACUUUUUUCACUUUUUCCACAUAUAUGCAUGUGGUUGUGCAAACCGGCCUUUGAAUCCAAGAGAAUGCCAAUAAAAAGACCCCCCCCAAAAUGCAUCCAGAGGCUGAAUGACCAAGAUGUUGCAGGAGCAUGGCAUGCAUGGAACAGAAAUAAAAUCUAUGAUUCCAGUCAAAUGGCUAAAUCAGAAGACCAUAUUUUAAAAACUAAAUGUAUUUAGUUGUAUUUUGUCCUUUCAAUAAGUUUUUGUUCAAAACAAAAGGUCUUUCCGACUUUGCUCAGACAACAAAACAUGUUUAUUUCUACUCCAAAUUACACAUUUUUAAUGAUACUUUUUGAAUUAUUUCUACAGCUGUUUUCAGGCAUGUAACAAACAUUUACAUGUAUUUAUAACAUGUUCAUUCAGAAUUAAGUGAUCUAAUGAACAUUACACACAUUUUGAAGUCAAAGAUUGUACAUAUAUCAUUUUUAACGGAUGCGUAUUAAAAGUGUAGUUUUUUAAAAUUCUGCUUUUUUAUUAAGUUAAAAUAAAAUGAAUAAAGAAUCUCAUGUUUUGUGCAAAAACUGCUAGCAGGCUAGCAACCACACACUUCCUGUCUAAAUGUCUUAUUUUAGUGAAUAAAGAACAGCAGCAUUAAU